AAACCCACCAAUAUUCGUUUCUUCAGCUCCUACACAAACAAAUCCCCCAAAUUCUUCCAAGAUCUACACCAUAAUUCAUAAACCCUAAUCGCAUCACCAAGUAAAUCUCUCAAAAUGCAGUGCCCAAGUACCAAUUCCUUCAUCUACAACUCCUCUUUGUGUGCUUGCAAUCCAGGCUACUGGUACAACGCCACCGCCAACAAAUGCUCGCCGUCGAUCGUCAUGGGCCCCGGCGGGUUCGUGGUGGGUACCGGAGUUGACUAUUCGAUCACUUUUCCUGAAACUGUUAUGUCAUUUGAUUCAAUCAAGAAGUAUACGCAGUCUCAGGGUUUGUUUCUUGGGGCUACUCUUGUGUUGAUUGUGAUUUGGCUCUUGUUCUGUUUUUUGUUGAGAUUUAGGAAUCUUGGUGAUGGAAGGAAUUUUUGGUAUAAGAUUAGAUGGGGGAUUAGCAGAUUGGAUAUCUGUUUUGCUACUCGACAUUGGCUGGAUGAUCAAAAGGUCGUCAAGAAACGAAAAACGGAACUCGGGGGAGCUUUGUCAAUCGCAAGCUGCAUUCUUUUUAUCGGUUUGUUUGCUGCGUUAUUGUAUCAAAUUAUAUUGAAGAGAACCAUAGAGGUGCAUAGCGUUAGAGCCGCAAAUGCACCCGAUUUGACGUCAUUCAGCAACGAUAUGGAGUUCAACAUAACGACGAUUUCUAGCAUGAGUUGUUCCAAUCUUCGGAAUCUUGGUACUUUACUCAUCGGAAAUCCCGGUUUUUUGGAUUUUAGGACAGCCCCGUUAUCCACUUUUGCCAACUUCUCAUGUCAAAAUACCACGAAGGGGCCAAUGGUGAUGCUUAAAUGCAACAAUUGUCACCUCAUUCGUGACAAUUUCUAUACUUCGUGGCAGUUUCUUGAUCUUCCGAAUAUGCCCGCAACCGCUGUUGGUUUCGAGUUCAACUUAACGGCAAGGGACCGUCAACACAAAAAACAUAUGAGUUUUGUGAGCGGGAUUUUGAAGAAUGGAAGUACAAAUGAGGCAAAGUUUGUGACGUUUAGAGGGAAGGAUCCAAAUAUAUUGCAAUUUAAUCUAUUUCCUCGAAUCUACCGCAAUAAACAUGACCUCAAACUCAUCCAACCUCUAUUUCACGAGUUCCUUCCAGGCUCGUCUUUUGACGAGAUAAAUCAGCUGCGGGAUUCCUUACAAAGCUCGGAAAAUGGACUUGUUAAUAUCACGUUACAUGUUAGUUUCCUUUCGGCUUACAUCGUUGAAGUGGACGAUCGGAACAUUUUGGGGCCAGUCCGCUUUCUUGCUGAUUUGGGCGGCCUUUAUUGCGUUAGUAUCGGCCUCUUUUUCUACCUUUUGGUACAAUUUGAAUACAGAUUCAAGAAGUUGCGCCACGAGGAUAGUGUAAUGAGAAGGAUUAGAAAUCGUAGGAAAGCACAAGAACGAUGGGAUGAGUUGCGGAAGUACGUAAUUUUUACAUGGGGUCGUGGUCGGUUGCCUCCUGAAGAUGUAACGAUUGCGGAGACAGCUUGCUGCUCGGGGAUAUUGACCAAAUCACAUGGAAAUGAAGGAUCAUCGUUUAAAAGGAGGCAACAGAUAGGAAAGGAUACAAUCAGUUUUAACACUAAAGUUAGCGGAACCUAUGAAAAGAAGUGCAGUCUAGAGCAAGUUCGAACCGAAGAGGUGGCAUGUUCCUUUGUUGAUUCUGCUUCGAUGCCGGAGGAGAUAUUUUCCGACCAAGUGGCGCAAAAAGAGGGGUCGGGUGAAGUGAAAUAUGCAGAAGAAACGAAAGAAAAUGAUGCUAUUCGCUUGAGUAACGGAGAUGCACCUAGGCAACGACCGUUGGCCUUUGUUGCUAACGGUAUACCCUUGCCACCUUCGUUAGGUAACCGUCAAGUUCGUUGCAACAAAUUUUAUUUUGAAAUGUCCGAUAGUAACCGCAAACUUUCCUUUAUUGGCCGAUUUUCAGCUAAAAUUCUCCCCUUGGCCCCUUUUUACCUUUUUUUCCCUGAGUUUUUGCAAAAAUGCGGCUCGUACCGAUGCUUUCGAAACCUUUUUUGCAAACCAGUCUUCUCGGAAACAGUUCACAUACAUCUUACCUUCUAGACUCUACCUCUAAGUGGGAUACACCGAGUUUGUUUGGUUUAUACUCGUUCUGUCUCGAAACACACGUUCAUAAUGAA